AUGACUUCACCUCGGCCAACGGAGAAAGAUGGCAAGGUGCCAGAUCUUAUCAAAGAUAAAUCUCAUUCGACAGGACGUUCUCCUAUGGCAAAAUCGCAAAUGGCAAAUCCAACAGUUAGUCGAGAUAGAAAUUCUGUAGCCUUCGUUCCAAUAACUACAGCACUUCCCUCUCUCAAUAUGAAUACAAUUCACAUUUCAUGUUCGUCUGAUCGAUUCGAUCCAUCUGGAAAUUUCGUCGGUAUGAUUGUUUACGGUUGCAAUGGUCAAAGUGAUUUUUAUCUGAACGGUCGACAUUGUAAUGCAGGCUACAUGCUAAUCAAGGAUGUCAAUUCUAUCAAUCAUAUUCGAGCUGAUACAAUGCACAAAAAACUUUUCAAAUGGUUUUUUGGUAUAGAUUUGCCUUCGGAGUUUAGUGGCGGCGGUUUUGCUUAUCAAAAUGGCAAAUGGAAGCACAAUUCAUUCUCUUUUAACAUUAAUGCAGAUUUGUAUCAUGACACCCAAAAAGGAAUGCAUCAGAUCGAACAGCAGCUUGUCAAUGGAGCUUUGAAUCGUCUCUACAUAACUGAUCAGUGGUUUUAUAGUCCAAAUCUGCCGAUGAUACUGUUCAAAACUUUUUCAUGCAUCCAGCAAAAGUAA